GCCAAACAUUAAAAAGACCCUACUGAAUUUUAGGAGAUUGAAAGUUUUAUUUAAAAAAAAAGCUGAAAUCAAAGCUUUAUUACCUUCUUUCAUGCCCUUCUCUACCCAGGGUAUUAUAGGAAUGUGUUGCUGUAGGCCCCAUUUUCAGGACAGCCACCAGCAGAAUUCCCCAUUUCUCCUGUUGGCUCUUUGCAUGUUGCCCACACUGCUCUGUUGAGCCCUUUAUGUAACCUUCUCCUGCCCUGUGCUUGCUCUCACCUGGCAGAACUGGCCAGGCUUUCAAGUGUCUGCCUUACAAUUCCUUCUGUUCUUGUGCACACACAGCAAUUUGCAAUGGAUGGCCCUCUCCAUCACUCCUGAAAAGCACACCUCCAAGGGAGUUUUGUAGAGUGCAAGCAUGAGUUUUAUGUCAAAUAGAUUCAAUGUGAACAGAGUUAAGCAUGUAAAACCAAAAUACUGCGUGAUUGUAGAGUGGUAAAAAGCAGCCAAGAAGGGCUUAACACUUACUAUAGGGAGUCUGAAAGGUACCUGUUAUUACCCUUGAUGUUUAGUUUUUGUGAUUCAGCUCUUCAGCUUGCUCUGAGAUUGUGAAAUAAGAAAAAAUAACCUUGACCUUGACCUCAAGGGUACAGCUUGACCCCAGCGUUACUUCUUUUCUUGUUCUUAUAAUAUCUUCCUUAUAUUUAAGUAAAGUUUCAACAGCCGAAUCACCUGACCCCACAGCAGAAGGGGGCUUAGCCUAGUGAGUGCCACACAUAAUUUUUAUUCUUUUGAAGGGAAAAAAAUGCCUUCUGGUAGGCAGCCAGCAAGUGAAGUCAGGUGGAAUUUGCCUUCACUUGAUUAUAAUCAGCUUUGUCCCUUUGUUGAUGUCACCUCAGCUAUAUACUGUUGCCACCUUCUCAUCCGACCACUUUCUGUCAUAAAGCUCAGCAGGGAAAAUAAACCGAGGCCAAAACAACAUAUGGAAGCGUCUUGGCAACAUUUGGCUGUUCAUUUGAAGUGUUUCUCUUUUUUCUAUGGGGAGGAGAUGAAGUCAGAGCUGUGUUGUUUCGUAGAUAAGGAUCAUUAUUUUUAGACCGGUGACAGUUCUUAAUCUCUGCAUGUAAUCUGCUCAGACAGAGCCACGCGAGGUGGCAGGGUUUGCAUGAACUGUCUGUGGGGCUCAAUCGCUGAUGUUGUGUAUAACUUGAGUUUUGGAGGUGUGAAUGCUCAAAGCACUGAAUUGUGUGGUAAUUUAAAGCUCAACAUCUCAUGUUCAUCUGUGUCAAGAUCUUUUAGGCAUGGCAAAUUUGUGAUAAAAGCUUUUCAUAAAACCACAUGUUGGUCUUCUGGUGUUUGAUGUCAACUGGGGAGAUCCAGGCUUUUCCUGCUGACUCUGGCUGAAGUGCCCGAGUUGGAGAGUGCAUGUAUUGCAGACAAGAAUCUCUGCAUGUUCCCAGCAGCCAGGGACAGUGCAUGCUGAGGGAAUCUUGGUACAUUUAAAGGUUAUCAGGGCCCAUUCUGAAAAACACCAGCUGAACCACAUGCGUUUGGUACUACCAGUGGGAAGGUUUGCCUAGGAUGUCAUCCCUCAGCUAUACAUAGUAAACUCAAAGCUUCUUACAGAGAAACCUCUUACCAGUCACUUUCCACAAAUGGUGCCUAUACCUAAAGGUACUUAGUGAAAAUCCUUGAGAGGUAUUUAAUGCAAAAGCAGUUAGUCUCUCUGGUGUUUUUCAGAAGCCCUCUCACACCACUAGCAGGGAGAAGUGCAGUGCAGUUACAGCACAGCUCCUGGGCCACUUCUCAUUCUGUCUGAACCAGGCUCUGCCACCCCAAGGGCUUGCCAAGAUGUGUGACCUGGGGGGGCUCGACAACCUGAUUGCCAACACUGCCUACCUCCAGGCAAGGAAGAGUGGAGAUGGAGACACCAAGGAAAUGCAAAAGAGGCGUAGGAGCCUCUCGCUGCCCAAGAUUGAUGAGUGCAAAGAGCAGAGAGAGUCCGUUGCUGGUGAUUAUGAGAACAUCUGUGAACAGCAGCCCAUUGGCAAGAGAUUCUUCAGAGACUUCUUAGAGACAGUGCCAGAAUAUUUGGUAGCUAGGGACUUCCUGGAUGAGGUGUCAAACUGGGAGUUGGCAGAUGACAAUGUCAAGAACAGUACCAUGGAGAACAUUGUCACCAAUUUUCUUAAGGAAGGCGCCAAAAACUAUCUGUCUUUCAUGAGUUCUGACUUGGUCAGCAAAUGCAAAGCAGCUACUGCAAAAGACUAUGAGAACAUCACACAGCUGGCCAAGGAGGAAACCAAAGUCUUCUUUAAAGACAAGCCCUUCCGGGACUUUCAGAACAGCCCCUUCUAUGACAAAUUCAUCCAAUGGAAAGUGUUUGAGAAGCAACCAGUAACUGAUAAAUACUUCUCUGAGUUCCGAGUGCUGGGCAAAGGUGGCUUUGGAGAGGUUUGUGCCAUCCAGGUCAAAAAUACUGGCAAGAUGUAUGCCUGCAAGAAACUGGAUAAGAAAAGGUUGAAAAAGAAAUGUGGAGAGAAGAUGGCACUGCUGGAGAAAGAAAUCCUGGAGAAGGUCAACAGCCCUUUCAUAGUCACACUAGCUUAUGCCUACGAGACCAAAACUCAUCUGUGUCUUGUUAUGAGCCUCAUGAAUGGAGGGGAUCUGAAGUAUCACAUCUACAAUGUGGGAGAAAGGGGUUUGGAAAUGAAAAGGAUCAUCUUUUACUCAGCUCAGAUCACCUGUGGGAUUCUGCAUCUCCAUUCCAUCAAAAUUUUGUACCGGGAUAUGAAACCAGAGAAUGUGCUCCUGGAUGAUAAUGGGAAUUGCAGACUGUCUGAUCUUGGAUUGGCAGUGAAAGUCAUUGAGGGAAAAAGCAUCACCCAGAGGGCUGGGACAAAUGGUUACAUGGCUCCAGAAAUCCUGAAGGAAGAGGACUACAGCUAUCCCGUGGACUGGUUUGCUAUGGGGUGUUCUAUUUAUGAGAUGGUUGCUGGGCGAACACCAUUCAAGGAUUUCAAAGAAAAGGUCGAUAAGGAUGAGGUUAAAAGAAGAACUCUGGAAGAUGAGGUGAAAUUUGAACAUGCCGGCUUUACAGAGGAAGCAAAAGAUAUUUGCAGGCUGUUUUUGGCUAAGAAAAAAGAGGACCGUUUAGGAAGCAGGAAUGAAGAUGAUGACCCAAGAAAACACAGCUUCUUCAAAACGAUAAAUUUCCACAGGUUAGAGGCAAACCUUAUUGACCCUCCAUUUGUGCCAGAUCCAUCAGUUGUCUAUGCCAAAGAUAUUGCAGACAUUGCUGACUUCUCUGAAAUACGAGGAAUUGAGUUUGAUGACAAAGACAAGAAAUUCUUCAAAAAGUUUGCGACAGGUGCUGUCCCUAUACCCUGGCAGGAAGAAGUCAUUGAAACAGGACUGUUUGAUGAACUGAAUGAUCCCAACAGGGUAGUUUCUGGAGGUUAUGCAAAUGGAGGUGAAGCUAAGUCAGGAGUUUGUUUGUUGUUGUAAUUAUAUCAUUACCAAAAAGAGUAGAAACCACCUCAGAACUUUCCAUAUUCGGACUGUUUCAGAAACUCAGUACACCUGUUUGAGAAGAGCCAGCCAGUGAAAUGUGACAUUGACAGGCUAUGUAGGGCCACCAGAUGAAUAGACUGUAUUAAUUUCCUUUGCUCUAAGAAAGGAGAUAUUUUUGUGUCAUUGGAGAUGUAUCAAAUGAAGAACCAUAUUUCUUCAAGAAGCUUAGAAUAGAAAUACUGAAAUAUAAAAAUCAAUGAUAGAGUGAAGAGACAACAGCUUUUGAAAAUUACUGAUUACGGUUUUGAAUACAAUGAUUCAUUGGUUUUCUUUCUUUUUUCUUGUUACUUCUAACAUUUCCUCUUUGUUCUACAGUUUUCGGGAAGGAUCUUUUAAUUUUCAAGUAAUCUCAGUCAUUGGAGCUCAUAUACCCUGUCAAACUUGGAAUCUUACUGGUUAGCCAGUCUGUCUGUUAAAUUCUGUUAGUUUUUGGGUUGUUUAUUGUAGUAUGUUCAAAUUGUCAUAAGAUAUAAAGAAAGCUUUACGUAUCACUUGGAAAUAAGAA